CUUGUUGUUGACUGUGUGAGGGGUCACAGGGCAUGCCGAGGUCGUGUUGUGCUUUUUCUUUCGGCUCAUAUUUUAGCUAGCAGCGGCUAGUGAUGUAAUGGCUUUAUUGAGUUUGUUCGCGAGAAGACAGCUGCCGCAGGCCGUGUGUCACUACGCCCGGCUGGUGAAGCAGAUCCGGCCGCCGGACGCUGGCGUCACGCUAAGGAGGCUGCACGGCUCGGCCCGGCAAUGGGUCGUAGAAAAGGGACCGUGGGGGAAGAGCCGGGGGCCGGAGCAGCAGCAGUACCAGCUCACAGACCUCGAUAAAGCGGACGCUUUGAUGCUGAGAAAGUCCCAUGAAACAGGGUUCCUCUCGUGGUUCAGGAACGGUCUGCUGGCAACUGGGAUCGGAGUCAUCGCAUUUGUCCAAAGUGACGUGGGACGUGAAGCGGGAUAUGCCUUCUUUAUCCUGGGAGGUGUGUGCGUGUCGUUUGGCGGUGCCUCGUACAUUGGCAGCCUUCUUGCCUUGCGGAGGAUGAUGAUGCUGUCUGUGCCAGCACUGCUGCUCCACGGACUCGUGGUGGGCAGCGCCGCCCUCUUCUGGCUCUGUGCUGUAUCGCUCUACAUCGGCCGAUUGGAGGUGGAGAUCAUCCGCGAGGAAGAAGAGGGAGAGGACGAAGAGGAGUGCCGGGAGUGCCGGGAGAGGCGCGAACACCGGGGCUACCGGGGCUCCCGUGACAGUGAGGACAGUGACAGCAAGGGGCAAAACAAGUAGAGGGCUUCCAGGAAUGCAGAGUGGAAAGCUGUGCAUAUGUGCUGCUCCAAUUCAGGGUUUCCCAUAUUUUUAUGUGUGUGGAUUUUGUGUAAAUGUGUGUAUAAGCAGCCUACAUAUGCAGGCCGUGUGUGAGUCUGUAGAUGCAAUCUUAUUGUCUGUUGUCAUUAAGGUGGAGAAAGCCUUUCGGGAAUUUGUAAAAAAUUACUGAUAAUUUGGUAGUUUAACUACGUUCAAUUCUGGGAAAUAAAUCAGCUUUUUCUAAGUUUUAUUAUCAUUACAUAUAAACAGUGCUGAAUCUCUUACAUUAUCAGUCUGUUUGACUUAUAUGAAUUCUUUUUCUCAUAUCUUUUUUUUUUUUUUGUUUUCCACAUCCACACAUUCUGCAAAGACUCACCGAGAACACCGUAUAUUUGUUCAUGUAUACUUUCGCAUCCCGAUAUCAUUUUUCAGCCUCAUUCACAGCCAACUGUUGUUGGAUGCUGUUUGUCUUAUACAGUGUAAUUAAUUGUGAGUGACUACUUGAAGUUUUCAUGAAAAUGUGAAUAUAAGCAAGCGGGAUGCGAUAUACUGUGAGACCUAGUAGAAAGAUUGCGUGUUUCAGCGCUGUAGUUCUGUUGUGAUUAAAACUCACUGAGGGCUUCUCAUUUGGUUUUCCAGUUUUUAUUAUUUUGUUUUCUGAGGGCAAUAGCACUUUUGUCAGCUUUAGUUUGUCACCUUAGGAACUCUAGAUUUUUAGAAGCAAAACAUAUUUUUCACAGGUUUUCCUGUGAUUUUAUAUAUAUAAAUUUUUGCUCUGUAUUGCUGAUAUUUGUGUACAGUAUCAAACUGUAACCAUAAACCUUCUAAGUGAAUUCCACCAUCUGGUAAUCACUAUAAUUGCUUAUUUAAUGGAUGUAAAGGGUUGUUGAUCAUAUAAGAGUGUGUAUGCAGAUGUGGAAAUGAGGUUCGCCAUUGUUUACUUUUUUUUUUUAAAGCACUACUUUCAUAAGAAACAGUGCAUUCUUCUGUAUGUCCAGUAAUAAAGCAAAGAGGUAAUCU